CCGGAACGAGUCCCAUCGUUGUCGUCGUCGUCGUCGACUGUCGGUUGCGUGUUCUACGGAGAGUGCCCGCUUUGCGCUUUUAAUUACCGUUGUGGCCACGCUGUGCCGCCGUCAAUAAAGGUGCGCGAUCAAAUUGAUUGACCGCCACCAGUAGUGUGUGCCAGGAUGUGGUGCCGUGGCCUGGCGUGCUGUUAGUGUUUUGUCCUCCUUGUCCUCCUUCCUGAAAAACCAACGAGUGGCAAUGGAUCAUCAUCAGGAACUGCGCCACCACCAUGUACAGCCACAUCGCCUCGAUUGCCUCGGUGUUUAUGGUUAUUGGUUUCGAAUGAUGUGAUAAACGCGUACGCACCACCGCGUUGCGUUGUGAUAACUGCGAUAUACCAGCAGGUGGAAAGUGUGUCCGCGUCUCUGUGCCGGAGUUCCUGAGUGUCACUAUCACACAGGUUGUUCCAAUGAUUGUUGUCGCCAUUACUGGCCGUAGGAAGCAUGAAAUGUGGAUUCCAUUGUUGCUGCUACCGUGGUUGCUUUCGUUUGUGCCAGAUUCCGUUCGCGGUAUUAAGCUGACCGGGUUGAGGGUCCCCAAGUACGCGAUCCUGGGCCAUUCCGUGCGGCUCGAGUGUCCGUACGAGAUGGAAGGUGACGAGCUGUACUCGGUCCGGUGGUACAAGGAUGGCAAUGAGUUUUAUCGCUUCGUGCCACGAGAUAAACCGGAAAUGCAAGUCUUUCCGCAGCGUGGUGUGUCGGUGAAUGUGCACAAUUCUUCCAAUAAUCACGUUACACUCGAAACCGUUAAGCUCUCUUCGAGCGGGAAGUAUCUUUGUGAAGUGUCCGCCGAGGCGCCCGAUUUCCAGACCGUCUCACAGCACGGUGAAAUGUUGGUCGUAGUUCUGCCCGAUGAGGACCCCAUCAUUUCCGGUGGUAAGGCUCGGUAUCAGAUCAACGAUUAUGUGCGCGUGAACUGUACAUCCGGUAGGGCGCGGCCAGCGGCCCAGCUUGCCUGGUACAUUAACAGUGAGCUCGUCGAUCCAACGCUCCUGCGACGGUAUCCAACGAUCGUCUCAUUUCCGGAUCAACUAGAAACGUCCAUUCUGGGGUUGGAGUUUCGCGUCAAACAGAAACACUUUCGUCGGGGUGACAUGAAACUCAAGUGCCUCGCCACCAUCCACAACGUGUACUGGAAGAGCAACGAGGAGAGCGUGGAGAGCGACAAACCGCAAAAAGCGCCCAUACUUGAGUCACGCAAAUCGGGCCUCUCGUCGACGGUUACUCGUGCAGAUCGUGUUCACGCCGGUAAUGGGGCCACCCGGUCCGCGGACCAUGAUCGCAUUCUGCUGCUCUUGUUGUGCGCCUUGUUCUCCUUGGCGUUAGUGACCACGGACCAUCGGUAACUGGGCGAAUCCGAUGCGACGUUUAGUUAAUUUAAUCGACAAGAAACAGGGUGGCCUCUUCCUUGGGCGAUAAGGCGAAGGACACACAUAUCGCAGCAGCAGCAGCAGCAGCAGUGCACCAACAACUGAAAGUUUGUUUCGUUCCUUCGGCAGAAUUCAGCACGUGUAAAUAAGAACGGAGAUAUUUGUGUAUAUUUUUAGUCCAUAUUGGAGUGAAGGAAUUGCGUAUAAUUUAAAGAAAAACCAAACAGAACGAGUACGUGCUAGUACUCGCCUCGCAUAACGGAAUACGUAAACUGUUCGGAAUGCCAUCGCAAAAGGUCGCAAAUUGUCUGAUACGAGGAAAGUUGGGAAAGGAAUCUCUCUCUCUCUCUCUAAAAGGUUGUGUGUUGUCUCUGGUCUGGAUGUAGUUUGGCACGAAAUGAGUGAAAUGUGAAGAUCCUCUCCCCGUCAUUGACUUGACGCCAUUGGCGAUCCUUGCCAUCUCAAUGCCAAAAAAAAGCAGCCGUUGAAUUGUAAGACUCUAUUUACGCGCGUAGAUUUAGUAAGCUCGAGCCAAUGGACCUAUAUCAAGUGGAAUCGGAUGGAAUCAAAAUAAAGUGUUCUUGUGAAGUGAUCGUGGAUCCCUGGAGCGUCGUUAAUAACUGAGACUUUAUCCCGUUUUUUAAUCGACCGUUGUCUUCAAUGUCCAACUCCGUAGAUUUUGUAAGACAAAACACAUACACACGCG